AAUGCCAUAGCUGCCUGAAGGUCGCUUUUAUAUUAUAUGAGGUGGUAUAAUCAUAAUAUGAAGUGAAGAACUCAUUAUGUAUAGUGGUUAUAUCAUUAUCUUCAGUGAUGACUUUAUUAUAUGCAGUGGUUUUAUCAUGAUAUACAGUGACAACAUCAUUAUAUGUAAUAGUUAAAUAAUGUAAUGAAGUGAUACUAUCGAUACAUUAUGUUGUAAGUCAUUCUAUGCAGUUGAUACUCCAUUUUAUACAUUAAUAAAAUCUUUCUAUAAUCUGAUAAGUUCAUUAUAUACAGUUCUAAACAUAGUUUAUGUGAUAGUGCAAUUAUUACAUUAUAUGUGAAACGCUGCAUGUGCAGUGCCAAGUUCAUUUCAGUCAGUGCGACACCUUUACAUAAAAUGAAAAUUUUAUUAUGUGUAAUACUUACAUCAUUAUAUUAUACGAUAAUAUCAUUAUAUAUAUAUUAAAAUCAUGCUAUGCAGUGGUAACAUCUUUAUUUGAGGUGGAUAAUAAUUAUAUGUCGUUGUUAAUUCGUUAUAUGAAGUGUUCGUUUCUUUAUAUGCUAUAGUCGUUUCAUUUUAUGCAGUGGUAACUUCUUUAUCAUCAUCUAAACUGGUCCUCUUAAACAGUGAAAAACGCGCGGAGAUCCAGUUUAAAGCAGCACGGCGUCGCCAAUAGUUGACGUGCUUGAAGAAAUCGGGCUGCACACUUUAACUCGCAGAUUUGAAGAAGAGAAAGUGGAACUUCAGGACAUACAAUCACUGUCUGAUGCAGACCUUAACAGAUUAGGGGUUACAACAAUUGGAGACCGAGUGAGAUUACGAUGUCGAUCUCGAGCGAUGGAGGAGCGCGAGCCAACGACAUCAGCACCGGCUCCUCCAGCUCCAUCACGCGGACCAUCGUUCCUAAGUGCUGAAAAUGUCAGAAAAGAGAGGGAUCUAUUGUUCAAUUCCCGAAAAAGAAAAAACAGAAACGAAUUAGGUAUUUGUACAGGAAGAAAGAAGGAAAAGGGCAGAAGCUGGACAGUUUCUGUUUUAUGCCUGUCGGACAAAAACUGCAGUUUUGUCCCAAAUUCAGAAGUUAAGGAGUACCUAUUAAAAGCAGGACUGGGAAUGAAGAAGAUAAGAUUUAAUGUGAAAGAUGGACAAACUGAAGUAUUGAAAAAAAUUUCAUCAGAUGAAAAAGAUGAAAAUGAUGAAUGCAUUGGAUUUCCUGCACUGAAGAAUUGUGGAGGCUUUGAACUUAUGAGAAGCCAAGCAAACAAUCGAAGUUUAAGUACAAUUGAAGUGGAGUGGUCUGUGAAAAACUUAAAAGCUUGUAUUGGCUCACAAGGGAAACUCUAUGUUAGACCUAUUCAAAGCAACUUGUCAACUUCAUCAGUACAACAAGAGAAAACCACCGAGGAGUCGAAUGUAAUGUUAAUUACUGAAAUUUGUAGAGAAUGUGGUCAGUCAAUUGCCAUAUCAGAAUUAAGAGCCCAUUGUGAGUCCUGCAUUGGUGAGCACCAAGCACCAUCAGAGAAAACAGAUGAGAAAAAUGAAGUAUCCUUUCUAGAGGAUUUACCCGACCCUUUAGUAGAAACCUUCACAGAGUCCAUACAUAUGACAGAACCAAUACCUAUACCCAUCAUUAGCAGUUCUCAGAAUAUUGUUUUUUCUGAUUCACCCAAUGCUAUUACUGGAUCUAUCACUUUUCCAGUCACAGAGCCAGUACCAACUAGUGCUCCAGCAAAUUCUGAAAUUGUUGUGGUAUUAGAUAGAUCAGUAUUUCCAAGUCAAAGUGGAGGAAAUAAUGAGUUCCAAUUCAGCACUGAAGCUGAAACAUUGAAACAUGAAGACAACCAUACAGAAAGCAUUUCUAAUAUUGUGGUUAAAGCUAUUAAAUACUGCAAUGAAAACUACAUAGAAGAUCCAGUAGAAAUACUGAAAUAUUUACAGUCAGUUCUUGUCACUGGACGAAAAUUAGAUAUUGUAGAUCUCACAGAAGCUCUUGAAGGAGACACUAAUUAUAUAUGUGUGGACAGAUCUAACAUUUUAGAGACAGCUUUUGAAGAAAUUAAAGGCUUACAGGAUCUACGAAUGACUUUGGAAGUUCAGUUUUAUGGAGAGGUAGCAGCUGAUUUUGGAGGACCAAGAAAGGAAUUUUUCCAGCUAGCCUUAUUGGAAAUUAAAGAGAAAUACUUUGACCAUGGAUUAAGACAGCAUUUAUCCGAAGAUUAUCUUGUGGUUGGCAAACUUCUUGCCCUGAGCAUCCUACAAAACGGAAAGUUGCCGAGAUUUUUUGAUGAGGACUUGCAAAACAAUUUAUUCUCCGAUUUACCUGCUGAAUCAUCAUGCCUCACAAACUUGAGAGCUGGCUUGGAUUCACUUGGAUUAUAUAAGGUUGGAAUCAGUUUACCAACAUUCAGAUAUUUGCUGCAGUCAUCAUCAGUCAAAUUAACAGUGAAAUCUCUUAUCAAUCUACUGUGCCCCAAGUUUGCUGAAGAAGGCUCAAAUACCAGGCGAUACGAAAAUUCAGUUUAUGCAGCUUUUACUAAAUACUUGAGAGAGGUUGCAAGUGGAAGGAGAAUGCCAGUUACUCUCAACCAAAUUUUACAAUUUGUGACCGGUGCAUCAGAGGAACCUGUUCUGGGUUAUUACAUACAUCCAUCGAUUGAAUUUGUUGCACCAUUGAAGUCAUUUUUGCCUACUUCAAAUACGUGCAGCAAUGCGUUGAAGUUACCAAGACCUACAGCAGACAUGCCAUUGCCAGUGCACACAGAUCUUUUCAAACUCUAUGACCAUGGAUUUUCCAACUCAUACUUUGGAUUAUUUUAAAAAGAAAUAAUUUUUCUGCAUUAUUUUCUAUGAAAAAUUAAAUGGUUUAAUUGUUUGAUCAGCCCAAACAUUUCUGGGCUGUCAUAUUUAAAACUUUAUUUUUUUUAAAUCUCCCUUCAUUUUAACUUAGUUCACUGCUUGCCGCUUGGUCUUUAAACAUAAUACACAGUCUAGUAUAUUUAUGUCUGGUGACCAUAUCAUAUCUUACUUAUCAAUUUAAAGGUAAUGCCUCAGACACCUCCCAAAAGUAGAUUACUAUAUUUGAAACAUCAUGUGAGCUAUCCUGAUCACUUUUUUUUUUUAGAAGGUCAUCUGACUGUAAACCUUUUUACAUUAUCUAUGUUUUUUACUGAACUACUUAGCCAUGGCAAUGUAGCAGUAAGGCUUCUUUAGGUGAAGGAAUUGAAGUUUUUUUUUUUUUUUUUUUAAAUGGUCAACGCCCUCUUUUAAGGGAAGAUGAUAAAGAAAUGCUCAAUUAAGAUCAAUAAUGUUUAUGUUUGAAUGAAUACUAGUAAAAUUUAUGUAUUGAAUUGCAUAAUUGUAUUUGUUAUUUUGGAACUUGUUACACCUGUAAAUAUUUAGGGCAAAGUUGGAUUUAUUAGUUAGAUGAGCAAUGUACCCCUUGCUAUAUGAGCCUAUUAUUUUGCAUUGUCAACUUAAAGUGAUUUUGAAAAUAGUUCUAGUUACUGUGUUCAUAUAAAAUAAUAGUUCUAUGUGUUUAAGUUACACCAGUAGGAAUACCGAUUUGUUAAUAUCAUAUAGUUAAUUUUUUGGAUUGUUUAAACAUAAAUCUCAUUUUACUGUACUUUUUUUAAUUUUUGAAAAAUAGUAGUUUUCUAAAAUGCAGGAAAAGGGUGGUUGAAAUGUUUAACAAUUUUUUUUGGCAGGGGGGGGGGGGGGGUGUAGAUUAUUGAACACAAAAUAUAUGAAAUUUAUCUUUUUAUACAGAGUAUACCAUAUAUUAUAAUACAAAGUUACACAAUUCAAUUACCAUAUGUUGAAGUAAAUUUAUCAGGUCUCCCAAACGAAGUUUAGAGACAUUGUUUUUGUACAGUUUCUCCUUUUUCUUUCUCGCCUCUAAACUUGUCCAUUGCAUUUCUCGGACGUGGCUGAACAGAAUUGUGCAAAAAUCUAUGAUAUGAUAGGCCUGCAUAUCUUGUUGUGCAUUAUGUUUUAAAUUUUUUUAAUUGGGGUUGGUCAAUCAUAUUUUGGGGGGUUCAAAUGGGGGUGGAGUCUAAUAUUGAAUCUUAUGGGAACAAUUUUACACUUUAUUGUAAAUAGUUAUAUUUUGAAAACUGUUAAAGAUAUUGACAUGGGGUCUUCAGAUGCAUAUACUGAGUGUUAUAGGCACUAUAUACGGUACAUUUGAUAUGGUCCCUAGGGUUAUCCCCAACCUCCAAGUUUGGAAAAUUAUUUAAUAUCUCAAAAACUGUUGACAUACCUACCCCUCAAACAUAUAUAUUCUUGUUCCUUGUGUCAAGGGGCCUCAAAUGGUAUGUAGGUCAUGUCAGUUCACCACACAGUAAAUGGCCCCUGGGGAACGUCAUCAAAUUUUAAGAAUAGAAAUACCGGUAAUCAAGUAUUAAAUCAUUUUGUCUGUAAAGUUGGACCCAUAUUGGUCAACCCUACCCCCAAUGCUGGCCUCGUUCAUUUGGGAGACUUUAUAAUUGCCCCGAUUAUAAUUAAAUCUUGUUUCAGUGCAAGUUCAUAGAGUUUUUUUGAUACAUUAUAUGGUAAUUUGGAGAUUUUUCCAAUUUUUGAUGAAAUGUGUGCAGUUGCACAAAAUGUUGUCAGAUAGCUUUUGAGUAACUCAUCUUUGUUUAUGAUUUAAGUGAUAUUUGAAUGUUAAUUUUGUUAAUGAAGCUAGUAGCUUCAUUAAAAAUACCAUUUUGCAGAGGUAGUUUUGCUAUGUAAAAUUAAGUGUUAAAUUGCAUUUUCCUUUUGUUUUUGCAGACCCUUAAAAACAAAGAUGUCAAAUUUUAAUGUGCAUUAAUGUUAAUAAACGAUGUUCAAAAAUACACAGGCUAGUUCACUUU